CCAGCGGGGUGCGACUGUUUUCACUAGUGUUCCUGUAUAUGCUCCCGCAGGGAGCAUAUAUAGGAACACUAGUUUUCACAACAAAUCCCUGCAGGGGUGCAGCCUCGCAUCGAUGACGUAUCACCAUUUUCGUUUCUUUUUCUCCUCUUUUUGGCGGCGCGGCCGGUGUGCGGCGCUUCAGUUCGGAUCAGCUCACCCCACGUGAGCGAGAAGUUGGCGCGCGUAUCACAUUUGCGGCGUGCAUUUUGUUUCACACGGAAUGCAACGCUGAGCGAGCCUGACCGAGAGAUGGUGAUUGAAAAGUACCUCCAAGGGUUACAUCAUGAAGACGGCUACUCCCAUGGCUACCUGAAGUCAGACGAUGAGCUUAGGCUUUUUGAAAGGUCCUUGGCUGCCGUCAACGAGAGGUAUGCUGUGCGGACAUCAAGAGACCUGAACAAGCCGUCUAAAUGGUUCAAGCACCACUGACUGGCCGAAGGAGGUGUACGAGAAGAAGCGAAUGAACCUCCAAGGCACAAAGAAGAAAGGGUGUGCAGCAACAAUGAAUUUGGAGUGGAUUCAAUUGUACCCAGAUUUCCAGGUGCCCUUUCACGCCUCCGCUUGCCUUCUGCUUACCGUGUUCUUCGACGGCUCCCGGACCCUCCUGGACACCUCCUGGUCCCCAGCCGAGUUUUCUUGGAGCGCCGUCGAAGACAGCCACCGCUUCAUCAGCGCCAUCGCCGACUCUGCCCAUUUACCGCACGUGCAAAACUGGACCCUCGACUUCAACUGGGAAACACAAUCAGCAGCAACAUCACUUGCCAAGCCACCUAUAAAGGACCAGCAAUCACCUCACGCAAUCUGUGGGCUCGGCAGCUGUGCCACGGCACGGUUAUCGAAUCUGGCUCUCUUCAUCAUGCAGGUUGGUGAACCGGUCAGUCUAUUUACUAAAAAAUCCAGUAAUUAUUUCCUGAUACAGCUGCCGAGCCCGAAGUGUUUGACCGCUAUUUGUGCCGAAUGUUGCCAUAAUGUACGGUCCCUAUUACUCCUUGCUGGUGAUAUUGAAACUAACCCUGGACCAGACAAAUUGAAUGUCGUUCUGGCUGAAUUGAAAAAGCUGCCUGAUGGCCAGGCAACACUAAUCUCUGACCUGCAAGAUAUAAAAGGACGUAUGCUUUCAAUCGACAGAGCGAUAUGCGAUUUCAAUACCCGCCUCACUGAUCUCGAAGAACGUUUCCAGAAUCGGUCUACAUUUACAUCAGACGUUGAAAUCAUUCAGUCAACAGUUAGCCAGACAGCUCUUUUGGUUCAAGACUUGCAGCUUCGUCUUGACGAUUCCGAAAACCGCUCCCGCAGGAACAACCUAAUUUUCUACGGUCUGCCUGACUCAUCCCCCCGUGAAACAUAUGCCGAGUCUGAAAAAAUUAUCACUGAUCAUUGUUUAGAACACCUGGAAAUAGCCUUGGAUCCCAAAGAUAUAGAGCGUGCCCACCGGCUCGGCCGUCAUACCCCAAACCAUCUACGCCCUAUCAUUGUCAAAUUCAUAUCAUCCAAGGCAAAGGAAACCAUUCUAUCUAAAGGGCCCAAAUUUAAAGGAACGAAAUUCAGUGUAGGUGAAGAUUAUACCCGCCGCGUCCAAAAUAUUCGAAAGCACUUGGUUUCAUUUGCAAAAGAAAAAACUAAUAAAUUCUCGCUCCGCUAUAAAACGCUUCAUAUCGGGCCCAAGCGCUACUUCUUCGACGAAACGACUAACACAGUGAAGGAAUUCGCAUAGCAGAUAACUUUUCGGCGCCAGUCCCCACAAUACCCUCUAUCAGCUUGUCAUCCUAGAACCAACUCCCGACCCACCCUUUGCCUUUCCGUCAUUUUCACAAAUAUACGCAGCUUCCUUCCCAAACGAGACCUUGUAUCUAACCUUGUAUCGUCGUCCGGAAGCAACAUACUGGUACUAACAGAAACGUGGCUCAACGAAAACAUCAGCGAUUCUGAAGUUCUGCAUGAUUUGCCAAAUUUUCGCCUCUUUCGCAACGACCGCAAGGGUUCUCGAGGGGGCGGUGUUUUAGUCGCCGUUAAUCGUGAACUACCAUUCUCGCUUGUCAACAUCACAUCUCACCUUAAACUAUGUGGCUCAUUUGCCGCACUGCGCCAAUAACAACACUAAUUGGUGUCUGCUAUCGAGCGCCACAUAAUAGCCCUGACUUCCCGCGUGAGUUUAACAGUGUUUUGCUACAAUUAACAACUAGGUAUCCAAGUGCACGAAUUAUUCUUUUCGGUGACUUUAACUACCCUUCUAUAAACUGGCACCAACCUCAUGUAACCGUUUCUCAAGAGCCUCGAGAAUUCGUCGACGUAUGUCUCAAUUUUAAUCUUUCACAGCUAAUAACUGAGCCAACUCGCAUCACAGAGACUUCACAAAACACCCUUGAUCUCAUUCUAACUAGUCAUCCCGAGACCUUAGCUUCUAUUACUUACCUGAGGGAAAUCAGUGACCAUAAAGUUAUUCACGCCUCAUUUAACAUUACUCCCGUUCGAAGGAAAGUGUCCAAAAAAACAAUAAAGCUUUACGAUAAGGCCGACUACGUAGCAAUAAAUAAUGAAUUAAACUCCCUCUUACCCACUUUUGAACUUCACUUCCAUCAGCAUACUGUCGACGAAAAUUGGUCCAUCUUCAAACGCAAAAUUAGUGAUCUAACGAGCAGAUACAUUCCAAAGUGCACUAUCAACUCUGAUUCCCAAAAUCCUUGGUUCAAUACAACGCUCAAAAGACUAAAAAAUAAAAAGCAGCGGCUGUACCGUGCAGCUAAACUUAGACCCAGCUCUUCUGCAUGGGAAAAAUACUACAGCGCUGAAGAUGCGUACUUGACAGCAGUGAAAAGCGCGAAACGUUUCUUUCUUCAUAACGACUUACCCAAAAUGAUAACAACUAACCCGAGAAAAUUUUGGAACGUGAUAAAUCCCCAGCAAUCGCACGACAUCACCCUUACUAAUGAUAACGGCGACUCUGUUAGUGAUGCUCAGUGUGCCAAUAUAUUUAAUACUGCCUUUUCAUCCGUAUUCACGAAAGAACCUGAAGAUACAUUCCUUGCACCACCCUCCAUUACUGAACUAGCAAUGCCAGCCAUAAUUUUUCAUCCAAAUGGCAUUUCGUGCGCAAUCGACAAAUUGAAAAUUUCAUCGUCAGCCGGAACGGACGAAAUUAACACUAAGUUUCUCAAAAACACUAAGGACAUUUCAUCCAAGUUUUUAUGCCUAUUGUUCUCUCAGUCACUCGCCACAGGUAUCAUCCCAGAAGACUGGAAGAUGGGGAAGGUCGUUCCUGUUUUCAAAUCAGGUAACAGAGACUCUCCACUCAACUAUCGCCCCAUUUCCCUAACUAGCAUCCCUUGUAAACUAAUGGAACACGUCAUCUACUCCCAGAUAAUGCAGCAUCUAGACUCUAUAAAUUUUUUCACUCCAUGCCAACAUGGAUUUAGAAAAGGCUUAUCAUGUGAGACACAGCUUGCCAUCUUUCUUCACGAUCUUCAUUCCAACCUUGAUGCUAACUUACAAACUGACGCCAUCUUUUUAGACUUUGCCAAAGCAUUCGAUAAGGUACCUCAUCAACGUCUACUCUUAAAACUGUCCACACUAAACUUGCAUCGAGAAAUUAUUGCAUGGUUAAAAGAAUUCCUCACACAUCGUUCACAGUCCGUUACUAUUAACAACUACACCUCUAACCGUCUACCAGUAACAUCGGGCGUUCCUCAGGGAACUGUCCUUGGCCCCCUCCUAUUCUUAAUUUAUAUUAAUGAUCUACCACAAAACUUAUCAUGUCAUGUCCGUCUGUUCGCCGACGAUUGCGUUAUUUAUGCCCCAAUUACUAAUACCGCUGAUCAAGAAUCCCUUCUGGACAAUCUUAACCGCAUUCAAUCAUGGUGCAAUCACUGGUUGAUGACGCUUAAUCCUAAUAAGUGCAAACUCAUGUCUUUUCAUCGUCGUCACAACCCGCAUUUAUUUACAUACAAGAUUUCCGAUUCCCCUGUCGAACUCGUUUCGUCCUAUACUUACCUCGGUAUCACUAUCAGCAAUGACUUAUCAUGGCGCGAGCACGUAACAAAGCUAAUAUCAUCUGCGAAUAAAAAACUAGGCUUUCUUAAACGUCAUCUUCACGACGCCCCUCAAAAUGUAAAGCUACUUGCUUAUAAAUCAUUAAUCAGGCCAAAACUUGAGUAUGCAUCUGCCAUCUGGAAUCCACAGCAAGCUUACCUCAUCGACUCAUUAGAAGCUGUGCAAAACAGAGCCGCCCGUUUCAUUCACCGCUCAUACUCAUCCUAUAUCAGUGUUUCAUCUCUCAAGCUACAGUCCCAAUUAUGCAGUCUUUCCCUCCGUCGCCGUAUUUCUAGCCUGUGCCUAUUUCACAAAUUUUAUUAUUCCCACCUCAGACAGCAUCCAUACAUCAGCGCACCGCCAUCACGCACAUCUCGCCGAAUUGGUCAUCCGCUGAAAGUCUCACGCCAACGUGCCCGUACGACUACAUUUUCCCAGUCAUUCUUCCUCCGAACAGCAAGCGACUGGAACGACCUUCCCCAUGAAAUUGUAGCCAUCACCUGUCCAUCAACCUUCCUAGAAAAAGUUACAUCCCACCUGUCAUCAUGAAAAAAAAAGAAUGUUUUACUUUCUCACGUUAAACCCACCCCUUAUGUAAAACCCCCUGCAGGGGGUCUUUAAGGAAAUAAAAAUGAAAUGAAAUGAAAAAAUAUAGACGAUUUAAUGACGGCGCCUAGUUUUAUGCAUGGCAGAGGCAAUAUCGAAUCUGGCUUUAGUUUUUGUUUAUGGGCAGCAAAUAAACCUUAAGCUCUGCAUGCCUCUGGCUAGAAAUUCUGGCUCUCCUCAGUCAUAAUAAUAAUUAAUAUUAUGAAUUACCCAGACGUGUUUGUGUGGUCUUAAGUAACAACUUGCAAGUAGCACCAAAAAACCAACAUCUUACAGUUUGGUUGGGCCUUGGGAUUUUAAUGUAACACGACAAAAAAACUCGACGCUGACGAUUCAGCUUCUCGUAUACAGAGUUAAAUAUCAGGCCUAUGCCUUGUAGCAGGACUACGGAUGGCAAAGACGGCCGUGUCACGACAUGGAGUACAGCUAUGGUGGCCGUUAUAGCCACAUAGUACAGCCCCACCGAAAUUCGUGUCCCGUGUUGCGCACGAUUGCUUUCUCAGUAUUAAA